AUGACAACUUCUCAACCCUCGCCUCAGCCAGGCGUGGCAUUCCUCAAGUAUCCCGACCUCCCCAAAGAGAUCAGACUUAUGGUCAUCGAAGAAGCUGUGGAAGAGGCUAUCCGAGCGGCCCCUCAAGAAUAUCCACAAGAAGACGCAUCAUGGGCCGUUCAUGUCGUCAAGAAACUAAACCCCUUGGCCCCACUAUCAGGCGUCAACCUCGAGUGGAAUAGGGUCAUCGAGAUGCGCCUCUUCAAGUCUAUUACGAUCGCUGCUUCCGAACUCGCCGACUUCGCGGAGUACUGCAGCAAGCGACAUGGAAGGCUAAACACAAUCAGGCUCGCAAUCAAGCACGAGGAGAUCGACGUCGGUGUUCGCCCCGAGUACUUUGUUGGCAACGCCGUGUCGCAACUCCUCAACACCAUGCACCUCUGGGAUCCCCAGGACAGGGAGCGACACAGUCUAGUUGAAGUACAAAUCGACAUUUGGGAUAUCAUGAAUGCCUCAGCCGACUUUCAGAUCUCCCAUGGCUUUGGGAUGCUUCCUCAAGUGCCCCUCAUCGAGGCGCUGUACGAGGUGUCAAAGCCAGAGGGAGACCCACUUCUGCACCCUUGGAGCUCUCUUGCCCUGUACCGGGCCUUGCCAAAUGUCCGUCGUGCCGGCCUCAAUUUGAGGCGAGUAAAUCACGAGCAUCUUUCACCAGCACAAAACGUGCACAUCUCUUUAGCACAAGCAAGAAACCACAUCUUCUUCUUGGGAGCAACCCAUCCAAAUUUGACACAUUUGGAGCUCCUGCCGGACCUACAACGAUUCAAUUCAAAUAAUAUAUCGCGGCUAUGGGCGCCAGGGUCCAAUUGUCUUGCAGCAUUCCCACCCUCCUGGCACAACACCCUUGUGAGGCUCGAGCUCAAGCAAAUCAAGGAGCUGCCCGGAUUUCUCGCCGAGGCAGGAAGGAUGGUCUGGCCGAACCUCAAAACGUUGGUCCUGCUUGGAGACCUCCGUGUCAUCAACGAAGUGACUUGCACAACUGUCGUCCGGGGUCUUAUCGCAUUGAUGUCGAAGACGCCGAAGCUCACGACAGUCCUGGUAGAGAUGGUUGACUUUGCCUGGAACUGGGACUAUGAAUCGUUCAGAAUCCAGAUGUGUCUUGGGGAAAUGGCAGAGGGUGUGGAGGCUAGUUCUGGGCCGUCUUGUUCUUUCAAGCCCUGUUCUUACAGCUUUGUCCCGACCCAGGACCUUGGCACAGUGGUCGUAUCCGGCACCAAGGUUUUGGGCGAGGUUGCGACAGAGCUGCAACGUACUGUUCAGAUCAACCAGCGCAAGGAUCUAGCUGUGUUCUCCCACUACUUGAACCAGUCAAUCUGGGGCAGAGGCCCGUGUCGGCAAUGGGAUGCGGAGAAGAGCAGCUGGGAUGUCGUCUUCGAGAACGAGGCGGACGAGAUCAUUUACCAGAUGGGACAGUACCUCGACCUGACUGAGCCUUAG